UGACCAACACACGCUCACACACACCGGUUACAUUACACCGUGGAAACGCUGCGGGAGCGCUGGGAAAGUCUUCUCCGCGGACUGUGCGUGUUUUGUUUUUAUCAUCUUUCCUUUCCCCUUACGUUCCCAUUUUCAAGACUGGAUGCGCACAUCCGCACCUUCUUUUUUUGCUUCUCCUGCUGGACCUGAGAGGGACUAUCACCUACUUUUUUGGGUUUUAGUGUGGAUAAAUCAUCUUUGACUGAAAAGUGGUGAUUUGUUGGACUUUGCUGCGCUUUUGUGUUUGCUUUCCCCUCUGCAGAGGGGUCAACAACUUGGCUCCUUCCAUUGGGAGUUGCGACUCUUUCUCCAACGCAUUUUUGUGUGUUUUUUGGUUUUGUUUUUGGAGGUGGGGGGCGAUUGCGGGUGCGAAAAGAGGCGAGACAACAUGCCUCAGUUGUCAGGCGGAGGGGAUCCGGAGCUGUGCGCCACCGAUGAAAUGAUCCCCUUCAAGGACGAGGGAGAGCCGCACAAGGAGCAGAUCUUCGCCGAGCUCAGCCACUCGGAGGAGGAGGGAGACCUGGCGGACAUCAAGUCGUCGCUGGUCAACGAGUCCGAGGGAAGCCCGAACAGUAACAGCCUCGAUGCGGCGAGACAGUCCCAAGACUCGUAUCACGAAAAGCACAGAGAGCAUCCCGACGAUGUCAAACAUCAGGACUUGUACAUCAAAGGCCACUCGUACCCGGGCUACUCCAGCUACAUCAUGAUGGGCAACAUGAAUGACUCCUACAUGAGCAAUGGUGGCUCCCUUUCUCCGCCCAUGCCCAGAACGUCCAACAAAGUUCCCGUGGUGCAGCCGUCCCACGCCGUCCAUCCUCUCACCCCGCUGAUCACGUACAGCGACGAGCACUUCGCCCCGGGUUCCCAUUGCGGCCAUCACCCUCAGGAUACCAAACCGCAAGGACUCUCCCGGCAUCAUCCAGGACCAGACAUGGCCAACUUCUACUCACUGUCUCCAGGCGGAGUGGGACAGCUCACGCCACCACUAGGAUGGUUCUCCCACCACAUGGUCCCGGGACCGCCCGGUCCUCACGCCACGGGGAUCCCCCACCCGGCCAUCGUCAACCCCCAGGUCAAACACGAGCCCCUGCACGAAACCGACAUCAUGCACAUGAAGCCCCAGCACGAACAGAGGAAGGAACAGGAACCCAAAAGACCGCACAUCAAGAAGCCCCUCAACGCCUUCAUGCUUUACAUGAAGGAGAUGCGCGCCAACGUGGUGGCUGAGUGCACGCUGAAAGAAAGCGCCGCCAUCAAUCAGAUUUUGGGACGGCGGUGGCACGCGUUAUCUCGGGAAGAGCAGGCUAAGUAUUACGAGUUAGCCCGCAAGGAACGACAGCUCCACAUGCAACUCUACCCAGGCUGGUCUGCGCGAGACAACUAUGGGAAGAAGAAGAAGCGGAAGCGGGAGAAGAUCCAGGAGUCGGCCACCGGUACGGGCCAGAGAAUGAAAACGGCGUACAUCUGAGAAAAUGGAGGAAAACGGAACAACUUCUCCUCAUGCAAAGCGAAGGCAGCCGCUGCGGGGCCUCUGCUCGAGAUGGAGGCCUGCUAAGAUUCCGCCGAGAUCCUCAGAGGACCCCCACCCCUCCCUUAACCGCCCCUUCCCAACCCGCCCCACCACUUAUCACCUCACAGCCCUUCAAAGUUCCGCCUCACACUCCCUCUGCUGGAAAGACACUGAACUGAACACGACAAUCACCAUCGCUCACGUUCUUUCACUCGGUGUGUGUGCGUGCCACUUCCUGCACACGCAUAAACAAGGCAACACCUGAACACUCCAUUUAAGUUAUUGUAAGUUAUUUGUCAGCUUUUUAGGAGAGAAACCUACAGGCCGCAACAAAUAAAUUCAGUGUUUAUAUGAUGCCGUUGACGGGAUAGACGUCCAACUCAUGUCGACCGAAAAAGUAUGAAGUAAAUCUGUGCCGUCGGAGUUUGAAUAUGAAUUUCGAACACUGAGUUUUUUUUUACCCAUUGAAUGAAAUUCAAUCGCAAUAAAUUCAGUUGCAAAAAAUUAUUUUGCAAUAAAUUUAGUUGCAAAAAAUAUUAAUUUGCAAAAAAUCAGUUGGAAAACAAUCCUUCAAAUUAGAUUUUUACUUUUAAUUUUAUUGCCAGAGACGCCAACAGUGGCGCUACCAGUUUCACCAAUGAGAUGUCGCAACAAUAAUCACAUGACUCCAUUAUACCAAUCAGACUCAAGCUUGUCAUUCUAUGACCACGCCGGCCGGUUCAAUCACGUGGCGUCUUUCAAGCAACGUAAAAAGUCAAGUAUUUGACACAGAGGGCUACCGUCAACAUGACUCGAAAGUGGAGAUUUUAACCUCUCUCCCAUUUUUUAUUUGGCCCUGAUUGCCCACAGAAAACUGGAGAUAUGAUACUUAAAAUUUCAUAAUAGGAAAUAUGUUUUCUCCACUGGAGGGCACUCAUGCUCUUUGAAUGAAUGAUGCUUCAUUGCUGUAUUUUUUUUUUCUCGCGCUGGAAUUCAAUGAUUUUUUUUUUUUUUUUUUACUUGUACUUCAGUACAUUUUUGGGGGGGCUACUUUUACUCAAGUAAUAUUAUUUUGAAGUAACGCUACUCGAGUAACAUUUUUGGCUACCUUACCCACCUUUAGUUGCAAUAAAUACAGCUGCUUAUACAUUUUGCACAAAAAUCAGUUGCAAAAAUUCAGUCGCAUUUCAUUUGCAAGAAAUCAGAUGACAAAUAAUCCACAGCAAACAUUCUCUACUAAAAUAAAAUUAGUUGGAAAAUUUAAGUUGCAAACAUUUAGCUGCAAAAAAAACUUCAGUCGCAAUAAAUUGUGUCAAAAAACUAGCAAAAAAAAUUAUUCACAAAGCAAUUGGGUGGCAAAAAAAUAAAUUCGCAAAAAAUGUAGUUGCCAAAAAAAUCCUGCCACAAAAACGAGUAGAAGAAACUUCAGUCACAAUAAAAUCAGUUGCAAAAAUAUUUGGAAAAAAAUUCUGUUGCAAUAACUUCAGUCAAAAAACAAUUCAAUGGCAAAAAGUUCAAUCACAAAUUCAUUCAGUUGUAAAAAAAAUUAAUUCUCAAAAAUUCAAUUGAAAAACAAUGCAGCUACAAAAAAAAACUUCAGUCGCAAUAAAUUGUGUCAAAAAAACUAGCAAAAAAAAUGUAUUCACAAAGCAAUUCGGUGGCGAAAAAAUUAAUUCGCAAAAAAUUUAGUUCCCAAAAAAAUCCUGCCACAAAAACGAGUAGAAGAAACUUCAGUCACAAUAAAAUCAGUUGCAAAAAUAUUUGGAAAAAAAUUCAGUCGCAAUAACUUCAGUCAAAAAACAAUUCAAUGGCAAAAAGUUCAAUCACAAAUUCAUUCAGUUGUAAAAAAAAAAAAAAAAAUUCAUUCUCAAAAAUUCAAUUGAAAAACAAUGCAGCUACAAAAAAAGGAGUCAAAAAAAAAAUCUGUCGCAAAAAAAAAAAAGAGUUGUAUUAAAUUCAGCUGCACAUCCAUUUUGCACAAAAAUCAGUUGCAAAAAUUCAGUCGCGUUUUAUUUAAAAGAAAUCAGGUUACAAGUAUUCCGGAGCAAAAAAUCUUUAUAAAAAAAAUCAGUUGGAAAAAUUCAGUCACAAACAUUUAGUUGCAAAAAACUUGAAUCACAUUAAAUUGUGUCAAAACAAAGUCAUUAGCAAAAAAGCUUAAUCACAAAGGAGUUCAGUUUCGAAAAAUUCAUUUGCAAAAAAAUCAGAUGCAAAAACAAAUUCCAGCCACAAAAACAGGAAAAAAAAAAAACAAAUCCGUUUCAGUAAAAUCAGUUAUAUUUAUUUAAUAUUUAUUUAACCCUUUAAGGUCUGGGCCUAUUUUGUCUGAUUUUGCAUGCCUUUGAAGUUGCCUUUAUAUUUCAAAGAAAGAAUUGUUUACGAUGGCCUGGUUUGGUCCCUUUUUUUGUGACACCUUGAACUUCAUGUCCAAAUUGUUGUUUCCUUCACUGAUCAAUUAUAAAUCAUCAUUUUGGGCCCAAAAAGACCAAAAAUUCCAAAAUCGUUUUGUCAAAAUUUUUAAUAUUGAUGUCCAAUUGACAACCAAACAUGCGUAACGAACCGUUUUGAAACUUUGUAAUAUUUAUUCAACAUGUUAGGAUGAACAUUCAACCAAAAAAAUUUAGAAUAAAUAGUCUUAUAUUUGACAAUUCAACAUAAACAACAGGUAUAGCCAUAGGCGUUUUUUGCCUUUAUACAUGCUCCAGUCAAAACAGGUUAUAUACAGCAGACCUAACAGUGAAGAACAGUGAAAAAAUAUAUACCAUCUAACACAAAAAGUGUUUAGAGGCCAUCUCUUUAUGAGUUUAGGUAUUGCGGCCAAUCGCCUGAUGAAAACUAUGUACACACAAUCAAGCUUCUUGAACACACAUUUAUAUACACAAAUUGAGAAGAUUGAUGUGGGAAAAAAAAUAUAUAUAUAACAUUGGGGGGGAAAAAGCAUUUUCAAAAAUAUUUACAAUAAACAAGUUAAAUUUUUUUCAGUCAUACCACUCCGAAAAGCAGUUUCGUCCUGGAAUUAGACACGGCUACAUCACACAGCUCACACUUCCAUGGGGUGUCGGUCCUCUUUCCACCCUUCCAUUUUCAUUUCACUUUGCUUUCAUUGUCACUAUAAAUGUACAUGAAAAUAAGUCAGUAUUUAUGAAAAUAAUAAAGUAUAAAAUAAAAAUAUAUACAGCAAUAAAUAAUAAUGGAAAUCUAUAUGUAUGACAAUAGAAAGAAUACCAUAGCUGAAUAUGUGCUACAUCCCUAAUCUUCAUAUAGAAAGAAGAACACCACAAAUUAUAAAUUCCUGCCUGGGAUACCCACAGUGCACGUACGACUUUGAUCUGAUAUGCACAUUUUAUUAUUAUAUACACAAACACACACUUAUAUUGCAUCAAAAUUAACUUUGUCUUGCAAUAUCAAAAGAAACUUUCAAAAGAAACGUUUUCAGCAUGAAAAAAAAGAGUGAGUUGGUUUACCUCUGCUCGUCGAUGGCGUCACCCACGUGUUCAAAUCCGUCACUAUCUUCACUCGAGGACUCUUCCGAAGAAGACAAUGAUGACGAAUUCGGACCAUCCUCUUCGUCAAGUUGAUCAGAAGCACAAUUGCUUGCGCUAAAUUCAGUUUUCCGUUCAUUGUCAAAGUCACACAAAGUCGCUGCUCGAUCCAGCAGUAUCCAACUGGCCGUCGCUCGCCACCUCGCUGCUUCAGAACAGUCCUCCUCCCUCUCGUUCGGUUGAACCUUGCACCGCAGUUAUAUUUAUAAAAAAAAAAAAACGCAUUUUGUGCUUCCACUGUGACUUCGAAAGGGUUCGUUUGAUUUGUGUUUUUUUCAUGGAGCUUCUGUUUUGAAAAAGGACUAGAAAUGAUGGAAAUAUAGACAUAAACAAAUGAUCCAUGCAGCGUUUUAAUGUUUUUUUGAGAGGACAAUAAAACUAUAAAACUUAAAUGACAAUAUCUCACGUUCUAGUUGGUCGAUUGACUUCAAAUAAUAACGAGAGUAAACCGCAACUUCCGCACUUUAAAACGAGACCAACCAACGGCAUGUGGGUGACGUAAUUAAAACGUGAGGGCGCUUCAAAGACGACGUGCGCUGAGGACGCGCCGGCGCGUCCUUCGACUCUCAAGGGUUAAUAAACAAAUAUUCUGCACAAAUUCAGUUGCAAAAGGUUCAGACACAAAUAAAAUUAAGUUGCAAAAAAAAUCUGAAACAUUAAAUUCAGUUACAAAAACUAAGUCACAAAAUAAAUCAGUUUUUUAAAAAAUCUGUCGCAAAAAAUCAGUUCCAAAAAUUUCAAUCACAAAAAUUGAGUGGCAAAAAUUCAGCUGCAAAAAAAAUACUUCAGUCGCAAUGAAUUCUUUCAAAAAAAUUCAGUAGCAAAAAUAAUUAUCACAAAGGAAUUCAGUUGUGAAAAAUUCAUUCGCAAAAAAUGUAGUUGCCAAAAAAAUCCUACCACAAAACCAGUCAAGUAAAAUAAAAUGUGUUGGAAAAAAAUUCAGGCACAAUAAAAUCAGUGGCAAAAAGUUCAAUCAGUUGCAAAAAAAAAAAAAUCAUUCACAAAACAAAACAAAUGCAAAAAAAAAAAAAAAAAAAAACCUUUUAAAUGAUUCAGCUGCAAAAAAAUAAAUGGCAAAAAUUCAGUUGCAAAAAUUUACUCUCAAAAAUGAACUCUAAAUAAUUUAAGUCACAAAAACAAAUAAGUAAAUAUCAGUUGCUACCCGGAAUUUGCAAAUAUUUUUUUGCAACUAAAUUUUUGCAGCUCAAUUGCGCUAAUAAAAAAAAUCUUGUGUUAGAAAUACAUAUUCAAACUUUAAUGGCACAUAUUUACUCGCUGCCAACUUUCCCAGUCAACAUUAAUCAGACAUCUAUCUCCAUCAAUAUUGCUCUCGACCCUUGGAACUUCCCUAUUGGUUGGGUCAACAUUCCCGCCAAAUGGACCAAUCACCUCUCUCGUAGAUUGCACUAGAAGGAACAUGGAGGGAUCUCAUCUCGACAUUUUUUUAAUAAGUUGGACCUUUUCUCAUGUAUUAUUUUUAUCAUUUUGAGCCCUUUUUUCAUUAUUUGGUGUAUAUUUCUUUUUUCUUAAUAUUGUUUUUUUUAUAUAUAUGUAUAUAUAUAAUGCGAUAUAAGAACGUAAGCGUUGGAAAGCCAUUUUCUUUUUUUUUUCUUUUUUUUGAUAAUCUUGUAAAUUUACAUGUGUGUUUGUAUUUCCCUCCCCUUUUCAGACUAAGGCCUAUAUUUUAUUGACAGACAAGCAGACAAAUGAAGCAGAUAUAUAUUUAGCCCAGCACUUGGCGGUCUCGCUUUCAUAGCAAUUGGCCGUUGUUUUCUUUUUCCUGGUAGCGAAAAUUGUGAGCUCUUGUUUUUUUCUUUCUUUGUCAUCCCUCCACAAGCAAGCAUCUCUAUGAUAUUUUCUCUAUUUUACUAUUGAUGAUGAUGAUUAUGAUGACUUGAUCCCAUGUUGAUAUGAUUUGGGGUCACUUUGGUCUUGGAGAAGCGCGUUUGCUCCCCAAGUGCUCGUCUUGUAACUGUUUCCACGUUUUUUGUUGUUUUUUAAGAAAAAUCAAUAAAAAGGCACCAUUUGCUCAUUU